UGAAGGCGUUCGGAUUUAGCUCUUAAAAAGUUUGGAGUUAGUAGUAGCUAGUCGCUCCUCUCCUAGAGUGGUUGAGGUGUUGUUGAGUGAAGUUGAGCGACACUUUAGUGUCGGCUUUCGGUUGAGCCGGUCCGGUUCAUCUUCUAUACUGUAGUUCAGUUCUUUUGAGAAAUUGGUUUUAGUGCUUCGCGUGUGAUAGUUUCGUCUCGUGUUGCUGAAAGUGAUCAAAAAAGUUUUUUGAUUCCACAGGAAAAUCGGCUGAUAAGCCUCGAAGAAAUCAACGCAUAAUGCCUCCGAUUGAGGUGUUACAGCAACAAAAACCGAAGCCGGACCAAAGCAAGAAGAUGCCAGCGGCCAAAAUCGGAACGAAAAUGGCAACAGGUGACGACGAUGACAACAACAACAACACAUGCAGCAUCGCCAAAGGCAAACCGACAGCGAACAUUUCGGAAGUCAACCUACUGACCGAUUCAGAAACAAGAAUCGCAACAGCAGCAACAGGAGAAUUGUUUCCGGGUGAAGAACAUAAACUGAACAAACUGGAAGCCCUGCGGAAUCUGGUUGAAAAUCACGACGAUUUCGUUCGCCGAUCGGACGAUUUGUUCUUAAGCCGGUUCCUGAUCUGCUGCGACUGGAAUGUGGACGACGCCUAUCAGCGAAUGUGCAAACUGUUCAAAUUGAAGCGAGAAUAUCCAGACUGGUUCACGCACAAACCUCUGGCGGACUACGAACCAAUCCUUAAGCGCAACAUAAAAUUUGUCCUGGACAAACGGGAUAAAAAUGGACGUCGAGUUUUCGUGAGCCGGAUGGGCAAUUUGGAUAUCAACGUUUCGUCGGCCACGGAUCUAGCACAUCUGGACGAGCUGUGGGUGGAGUUCAUGCUUAACGAAGUAGAUACCCUGGAAAAGGGCGUCAGCUGCCUUAUCGACAUGAGUGGAUACUCAUUGAAGAGUCUCCGAUACCUAACGCCAAGUAACAUCCGGAUCGGAACCCAAAAAGCGGAUUUACUUCCCCUGAAGCACAUGGAGUUCCAUGUGGUCAAUUCGUCGGCAUUUUUGAACGCUGCCCUCGCCAUCCUGUAUCCGAUGUUGAGCAAGCAGAUCAAGGAGCAGGUUCACUUCCACUACUCCAACUGGGACUCGCUGCACAGUGCUUUGGGCAAAGAAUGUUUGCCAGCUGAGUACGGAGGUACAAAUGGAGCCACAUUUGAUUUUGAAAAACUCAACCGGCAGUUGCUUGAUUUGGAAGCCCAUUACGAUGGGCUGCUGAAGUAUGGAUACGAGCUGAAGCCACAUGUGGAUCCGGCCAAGCAUGCAGCGUUCUACCAAAACUUGGAAAAGAUUAAGAGCAGUAGGAGGAAAACGAAAUGCAAGAAACAGGAUGAGGUGGUUGAGGAAUAACUAAACCGGUCGAUGUGUGAAUUUGUUUUAAUUUUUUAAUUUAAAUAUAGCUUUAAUUUUA